AAUGGGCUUGAUCCUGAGUGGGAGGCCCGCUGUCACUGAAGAUGCGUUGCAGCGAUGAGCUCUGAGAUCUCCUGAUAAGGGAGAGAGAUAUCUCUGGGGAGGAAAGCUUGAUUGUGAAGAAAUGGAGUAUAGGAAGCUCAAAGAUCUGGACAAAGAUGGUGGUGCAGGUGGUGAUGAUAUAGAGAGCCUACGAGGGAAAGCUCUUUCUGGUGCUCAUACAAAUAAUAUGGCAACCUUGGGAGGCCACUCAAUUGACCGCACCAAGUGGAAGCGCAAGUCCAUUGUUACACUUGCAUUGACUGUUCUUACGAGUUCACAAGCCAUACUAAUUGUCUGGUCCAAGAGAGCCGGAAAGUACGAGUAUAGUGUGACAACUGCUAAUUUUUUGGUGGAGACUUUGAAAUGCGCAUUAUCACUAGCUGCCCUGGUAAGGAUCUGGGGGAAUGAAGGUGUUACUGAUGAUAACAGGUUGAGUUCAUCAUUGGACGAAGUUAUCGUUUUCCCUAUACCUGCAGCACUUUACCUCGUUAAAAAUUUACUUCAGUAUUACAUCUUUGCAUAUGUAGAUGCUCCAGGUUAUCAGAUACUAAAGAACCUGAAUAUCAUCAGCACUGGUGUGUUAUAUCGAAUUAUUCUCAAGAAGAAGUUAAGUGAAAUACAGUGGGCAGCUUUCAUUCUACUAUGUGCUGGUUGCACUACAGCACAACUUAAUCCCUCUUCUGAUCAUGUUCUUCAAGCACCUUUUCAAGGUUGGAUGAUGGCCAUUGUAAUGGCACUUCUAAGUGGCUUUGCUGGAGUAUACACAGAGGCCAUAAUUAAAAAGCGUCCAUCAAGAAACAUAAAUGUGCAGAACUUCUGGUUGUAUGUCUUUGGGAUGGUCUUCAAUGCUGUUGCAAUAGUGAUUCAAGAUUUUGAUGCCGUCAUGAACAAGGGGUUCUUCCAUGGAUACUCAUUAAUUACAGUUCUCAUGAUUGUCAACCAUGCACUGAGUGGAAUUGCAGUGUCUAUGGUAAUGAAGUAUGCUGACAAUAUUGUGAAGGUGUAUUCUACCUCAGUGGCGAUGCUCCUCACCGCACUUGUUUCUGUAUUUCUGUUUGGUUUUCAUCUCUCCCUCGCCUUCUUCCUCGGCUCAACUGUUGUCUCUGUCUCAAUAUAUUUGCACUCCAUUGGAAAGCUGCAAAGAUGAUGACCGACGUUGCCUUGCCACCAUCCUUGCCCACUCGAGAAGCUGUGAAGAUAAGGACCAACUUCCAUUUGCUGCCUCGCCAACUGAGCUGUUCACGAAAACACCAAUGGCGUGAGAUCUUUUGUUCCAUUUUACUUCCAAUUAAUAUUUGAUGUUACCAAUUCAAAAUAUAGAUUAGGUAGUAUAUGCCACUUAACACUGAAUGUAUGUCACUGCCGCCGCUGCUCAUUACAAGAUUGACAAGCUUGAAUUUGCUUGAGCGACAGCGGUACCUCAACGUGAUGGGUUUCAUCUUUUAGAAUCUGAUUCAUUGUUUUUAACUA